AUGGGGACAACCAAACCACCAGCAUUCAAAAGCAAGCACGCAGUGAAAUACGGGCUAAAAGUCUCAGCCCGGGCUCCUGGUAGUAGUAAAGUGACAAGCGUCAUCUGCAGGUUCUGUUCAAGCUUUGGGCGGGACAACAAGCCGAAUGCGCAACGCAAGGCUUCAAGUCGACACAAAGUUUAUCAAAAGUUUCUUCCGUAUCUUUACGAGUCGCACAACAAAGGACAUCAUCCGAUAAAAUGGGCAGAGUACAGUAGUUUAUCCAAUGAUGGAAAUCAUGCGACUAUUAUAAGCUGGAGGGACUAUGUACUUGCUAUAUCCAGUGACGGAGCGUCUAGUAUGACUGGAAAGGUGAAUGGACUCGUUACAAGGCUACAAAACGUUUGUGCUCCUGGCAUUCUCCGAAUUUGGUGUGGUCUUCACCAGUUCGACCUCGUGAUGCAGCGUGUGUACUCGAUUGCCAUGGAUGACAAGUUUUACUCGACCCUGACAGGUCUCAUCGGACAUUUAUGA